CCGUUUCAUUGCCUUGUAUAAGGCUGCUUGUUAUGUCAUGGUAUCCUGUAGAAAUUACUGGCAUUAUGUAUUUGCCAGGAUGCUUUUGUGGAAUCUUGUAUUACGUGCUCUGAACGUAAUGUUAGUCUUUUUUAGCUCGUUGGCCAUUCCAGCGGCAUUCCAAUCCAAGCAGAUGUGUCGCUCAUUGCCGAAUACACUCGGUCAAUGUCUUUUAUAGGUACCAUAGGAUGAAGCAUAUGCACCAUGGCAUGAAGUGAGCGAACAGUGACAGAAUCGGCAUACUGUACACGUUGUAGAUUGUUGUCUCUCGUAAUUGAGGUUUAUCGUAUAUCCGAGCAACCGGAGGAAGUCGCUGAAGUGGUGCAUACCGUACACCAACCUUUGCUGUUAAUUGUUCCGCAAUAUAUUUUCUUGUCUCAGCAUCUAACACUUGGCAGAUACCUCGAUGUUUGGAGUUAUCAAAGGCACCAGGUUUGAUGACGGUAUCCAAAAAUUGGUAGAUUAUAUAACUUGGGUGUUCAGGCAUUGCAUUUCAGCUGUGUUCAAAGUGUCAGGCACACGUUGUUGGUAUGUAUUAA